AUGGAGGAGAAAAUGGACGACGGUGCCAUAUCCUCGGAUUUCGCCGUCGGUCAGGAUCAAGACAACAGCGGUCUCCUGGACGCCAGCGAUCACGACGGCAACUGGAGGUACUACAAGCAGCAAGCCUACGAACAAAAGAGCAUCGUCGGGCAACUCGCUUCCUUGCUCGAGACCUACGGGUACCACCUUCCCACGGACACGGGAUCGCUAAAGGCGGCCUUGUCCGACCACCUCGCCCAGAGGGCCGAGCACGAGGAUGCGCCGCCUUCUCCCCGACAGCGAAGGAUCCUGUCGCAAGGCUCCGCCUUCAUCACGGACACCUCUGCCACCAACCAGGAGAAGUUCGAGCAGAUCGCGAGGGAGCUACCGCAGUUGGCCGGCGUCGGCUGCGAAGUGCGCGUCAAGGGCCUAGGCUACAGCGUGCAGAGGGCCAAGGGCAGCACCGAAGACCCCACCGUGGGCGACAACUUGGUGUCUCUGUGCAAGACCCUCAUGUGCCUACCACUCAUCGAGUGGCUGAAAAAGGGAAAGGAGAUGGAGACCAAGGUCAUCCUGGAUGAUGUCAACGCCGUGUUCAAGCCGUCUACCACUACCCUUGUGCUCGGCGCGCCCGGCUCCGGCAAGUCAACUCUGCUCAAGUCACUGGCGGGGCUGCUCAAGCACGACGCAGGGCACGUGAACCAGGGCAGUGUCACGUACAACGGGGCCACCAAGGAGUCUGGAAAGUUUUCUUUGCCCAAGGUGGCGCACUUCGCGGAACAGGCGGAUCGCCACCUUCCAACGAUGACCGUUCUCGAGACCUUCAAGUUCGCGUUCGACUCCAUGUCUGGUGGUACUCACGGCAGCCUCGUGGCGGAAGAAGGCCUGAACGACGACCAGAAGGACCUGAUAUCGUGGAUGGACAGCAUGCGUUUCAAGGUGGAGAUGAUUACGCGGAAUCUGGGCCUGUUCAACGCUAAGGACACGAUCGUCGGCGACAACUCCGUCAGGGGGGUCAGCGGAGGAGAACGGAGGCGUGUCACUCUCGGUGAGAUGCUGUGCGGGCCGCAGACGGUGUUCCUGCUGGAUAGCAUCUCCACCGGGUUGGACAGCAGCACCACUUUCGACAUCAUGAACACGCUCAAGUCGGCGUCACGCAGCUUCCACAGCACGGUGGUGGUCGCUCUGCUCCAGCCGCCCCCGGAGACGUACGCGCUGUUCGACAACAUCAUCCUCAUGUCGGAGGGGAAGAUAAUUUUCCACGGAGCUCGCGAGGACGUGGUGCCGUACUUCAACAGCCUGGGCAUGACUUGCCCCCCUCGAAAGGACGAAGCUGAUUGGCUGGUGGAGCUCACGGGUGAGGCAGGGAACGAGUACCGCACUGACAUCGAGACAGCGGGAGGGCUUGCCCGAGCCCCCGUAACCUCCGCGGAGUUCCACGCCAGGUGGCGUGAAAGCGAGGGGGGCAAGGCCAUCGAUCAGGAGCUGAGGACGGCGGGAAGUCUGGACGAGGCACCGUGGCCAGCUUUGUACCAGAGGAGAUACCCCAAGUCUUGGUGGUACCACCAGAAGCUGUGCUUCGAGAAGAAGUCGAUGCUGAUGCUGAGGGACAAGCCGUACAUGAAGAGUCAGAUCAUGAGCGCGCUCGUCAUGGGGCUGAUCGUGGGAUCCAUCUUCUACGACCUCGGCCUCUCCGACGCCAAUGCCAAGUUCGGACUCAUCUUCUUCUCCCUGCUCUUCCUGUCCAUGUCGGGAAUGGCCCAGAUCCCGGGGGCCAUCGAGCGGAGGGGGGUGUUCUACAAGCAGAGUCAGGCCGGCUUCUACCCCACCUCGUGCGAAGUCGUGGCGGACACGCUCGUCAACACUAUUCUCACGGUGGUAGCGUCCAUCAUCUUCGCCCCCGUGGUCUAUUUCCUCGUGGGAUUCAGCACCUCCGACAAUGGCGCAAGGUUCUUCACCUUCAUGGUCAUCGUGAUCGUGACGAACGUGAACGUCACCCAGUACUUCCGGUUCUUGGCGGCGUUCAUGCCCAACUUCACGCUGGCACAGGGGUUUGCGGGUCUGAGCGUCCUCGUCUGCGUGCUCUUCUGCGGCUAUCUUAUCCCCGGCGCCGAUGUUCCCGCUUGGUGGAUAUGGGCGUUCCAUGUGAACCCUCUCACGUGGGCGUUCCGGGCUGCCGUGCUGAACGAGUUCCAGUCUCCGGAGUAUGAGGACACGUGCGGGGCCCCGGACUUAGCGGAGGGAGCUGCGUGUCCCGUUUCGCUUGGACAGGUUUACAUCGAUGCCUACGGGUUUGAGGACGACAAGGUCUACAUUUGGGGCGGCAUUGCGUUCAUUUUCGUGGAGUUUUUGCUCUGCGCCGCGGCCACCGGCAUGGCGUACCAGUUUAUCCAGUGGGACUCCUCGGACAGCGUUCCCAUUGCACCCGGCACCGCCGCUGACGAAGAUGGCGCUGGGGGCCCGGAGAAUAUGAGUGUCGAGCAGUUCAACGCCCCGGUGGGGAAGCUGAAGCGGCAGGCCUCCCAGCUGGAGGCAGACCUUCCUUUCGAGCCCGUGACAAUGACUUUCAGCGACGUUUCGUACAGCGUGCCCCACCCCUCCGGAGACGGCAACCUGGAGCUCCUCUCAGGAAUCUCCGGAUUUUGCAAGCCCGGCGAGAUGACGGCGUUGAUGGGUUCCUCUGGCGCCGGAAAGACUACGCUGCUCGACGUGCUAGCCGGCCGCAAGACGGGCGGAACGAUCACCGGUGAUAUCCGCCUCAACGGCCACCCGAAGCAACAGAAGACCUUCACUAGGGUUGCUGGCUACGUGGAGCAGCAAGACAUGCACUCAACGGUUGUGACGGUGAAAGAGGCUCUCAUGUUCAGCGCAACGAUGCGGCUGGACAACUCCUCUGUCAACAAGAACCGCCGUGAGGAGUUCGUCGACAGCAUACUCUCGAUGCUGGAGCUGGACGUGAUCAGCGACCGGCUGAUCGGCAGCGACGAGGAGGGCGGCUUGUCCCUCGAGCAGCGGAAGCGGACCACGCUAGGCGUUGAGCUGGCCGCGAACCCGAGCAUCGUCUUCUUAGAUGAGCCAACGUCCGGCCUAGACGCUCGCUCGGCGCAGGUGGUGAUGCGCGCCAUCCGCAAGGUGGCCGCCACUCAGCGCGCCGUGAUCUGCACCAUCCACCAGCCGUCCACCUACCUGUUCGAGAUGUUCGACGCGCUGCUGCUGCUCAAGAAAGGGGGACAGGUCGUCUUCUUCGGGCCUCUGGGAGAGAACAGCACAAACCUCAUCUGCUACCUCCAGUCCAUCCCCAACACCGUUCCGAUCCGUGAUCACGUCAAUCCGGCAACGUGGAUGCUGGAGGUUAUCGGUGCUGGCACCACCGGCAAGAGCAACCCUCAGAUGUACGCGGACUCCUACAAGAGGAGCAAGCUGAGGAAGAACUCCAUGGCGAAGCUGGAGAGUCUCAUGAUUCCCCCCGAGGGGUCAGAGCCGCUCAAGUUCAAGUCUGUCUUCGCGGCAUCCCCGCCCCUGCAAGCCAGGGCGUGCAUGGAGAGGGCGGUGAUCCAGUACUGGCGUAACCCAAACUACAACUGGAUGCGGAUGCAGCUCGCCAUCCUCAUAGCCGUCAUUUUCGGCAGCAGCUUCAUCGACGCGGACAUUGAGACGGAGUCCGACUUGGCUUCCCGACUGGCGGUGAUAUUCAUGUCCACCAUGUUUGUGGGGGUCAUUUGCCUCCAAACGGCCAUCCCCGCCGGUGCCAAAGAGCGCAUCGUCUUCUACAGGGAGCAGGCCGCCAACAUGUACAGCGUGCGUUCGUACGCCAUCGGAUACGCGGUAGCGGAGCUGCCGUACAUCCUCUUCAUCUCGCUGGCCUUCUGCUCGAUCUUCUACUGGAUCACGGGCCUAGCCGACUCGGCCGACCAAUUCUUCAUGUACUGGCUCUACUUCCUUCUGUGGACGAUGUUCAUGGUCUUCACAGGAAUGAUGUUCGUGAUGGUUCUGCCGAACACCCAGGUGGCGCAGACCCUGGCUGGCGCCCUGUCUUCCAUGUUCAGCCUCUUCGCCGGCUUCCUCAUCAGCCCCGCCAAGAUUCCUGAUCCGUGGCUUUUCGCCUUCUACCUGAACCCUUUGCACUAUGUCGUCGAGGGCAUGAGCACGACCCAGUACCGCGGCGACGACACGCCGAUCACGACGGCACUCGGUACAUCGACAGAGGCAGAAGACUUCGUGAACGACUUCUUCGGCGGCGAGUACGAGUACAAAAACCGUUGGUUCGACGUGAUGGGACUCGUCAUCUUCAUUCUCGCCGUACGCAUGGGCUACCUGUACGCACUCAAGAACGUCAGGCACCUCAACCGCUAGAAGAAUACGGUGUGAUAUGGGAGAGAAGAACACAUACAUACACGCAGCUUAGGGAUUAGAUGGGUAACGCUUUUAACGUGUGCAGCACUGUGAGGGUGGGGAGGGGCGUAGCAUCAACGCGCAUCACUGGGGGUCCUAAAGUAGUCGGGGGCGCAGAGAAAACGGCAGUGCUGCGGGUGGUGACGAAAGUGUUGUUUAGCGAAAACCAAGGACCCCGACACUUGGGGUCCCCGAUUCGAGACGCGUGAUAUUCGGCCGAAUCUCGACGAGUCACGUCUCUACAGUAUCGUUUUCGGGAUUUGUCUAGUAGCAUUGUGUGUUUUUCGAUUGGUUC